CGGAGUCACUGCUCGGAUUACUUUAUAAACAGGUCAGUUAGCGCGCUGCUAACCUCAUGAUGUUUAUAACUACGGAGUUCAAUGGACACACCACGGCUGCAAGAGAACAGCAUCUCUGGUGUUCAGCUGAAGCUCCUCCACGAUGGAGUCUCAUCUCUCCACAUCUGGAGGAGAACCCCCUGUCCCAUAACUGCAGAAACCCACAGCCGAACCUCCAGAACCAAGCUUAUGCGUCUAUGAAGAGUAACAACUCAAUGAUUCAACCUUUCACCUUCAGUAAUAAAGGAGAACCUCCAGAACCCAGCUAUGUGUCUAUGAAGAGUAACAACUCAAUUAUUCAACCUCUUACCUUCAGUAAUAAAGGAGAACCUCCAGCAUCCAGUGGUAGGAGUGGUCUUGUCCAGGAUCAGUCCAGGUGUGGAGUGUGUGAGCAGGUUCUGACAGAUCCAGUCUCGAUCACCUGUGGACACAGUUUCUGCAGACGGUGUAUCAACAGCUUCAGGAAUAGAACUGCUCUGUCAGGAGUCUUUAUUUGUCCCUGCUGCAGAAAGAGAUCUAGAACACUUCCUGUUUUACAUCCAGACAUAGAGGAGUCUAUAAAUCAGGAUUCCUAUCAACUAGUGGAUGAUGUUCUGCAGAGUGUCUUACAGAAACAUAAAACCAGCAUGAAGAACAGAUACAAGAGCUUAUAAGAGGGAAUCAAAACACCAGAGAAUAGAACCCUCCUGAACAGUAUUUACACUCAGCUCUACAUCAUAGACGGAGAGAGUGAAGUAGUGAAUAAAGAACAUGAGGUUCUACAGAUGGAGAAAAAAUCCAGCAGAUACUUACAGGACACUCCAAUCAACUGCUCAGAUAUCUUUAAACCUGUAGAAGAUCCUAAAGGAGAACCUGAAAAUGAGAACAUGGCGGAUAGUGGUGUCAGAUAGAUCAAAAGACAAGAAGAUGAAAGACUAAAGAAGAUCAGAACUGUUCUGACUAAAGGAAUUGCUGGAAUUGGGAAAACUGUCUCUGUGCAGAAGUUAAUUCUGGACUGGGCUGAAGGAAAAGCCAAUCAGGAUGUAGAUUUCAUGUUUGUGUUCCCACUCCGAGAGCUGAACCUGAUUAAAGAAGAUCAGUACAGUCUUCAUACACUUCUGUGUGCUUUCCACCCUGAUCUCAAAUAUCUGGUCCCUAAGAUCUACGAUACAUGCAGAGUUGUGUUCAUCCUUGAUGGACUGGAUGAAAGCAGAAUUCCACUGAACUUUGUGGAGUGUGAGAAAGUGUCUGAUGUAACCAUGACAUCAUCAGUUGAUGUGUUGAUUACAAACCUUCUUAAAGGAGAGCUGCUGCCCUUUGCUCACAUCUGGAUCACCUCCCGUCCAGCAGCAGCCAAUCAGAUUCCUUCUUGAUACAUCAGCCGUGUGACAGAAAUUCAGGGGUUUAAUGAUCCACAGAAGGAGGAGUACUUCAGG